ACCUGUCGUAAAGAGCCGGCUGUGCCAUGUGAGCGAGCAGAGCGGAGGAGGUGCCGUAAAGCGAGUCCAAGAUGGCGGUGGCCAUAACUGCGUCUUUGUGGGGGCCAUUAUUCCGGAUCCAUCGAGGGGUGACAGCAGCAGGCAGCAUGCUGUCCCGGAGCUGUAUCCACACCACUGCUUCUCUGGACAAACAUAAUUGGGAGUGGAAGAACAGAAUUGUGUACCCGCCUCAACUUCCUGAUGAGCCUCGAAGGCCAGCGGAGGUAUACCAUUGCAGGAGGCAGAUCAAAUACAGCCCAGACAAGUUGUGGUAUUUGGCCAAGUUGAUCAAAGGGAUGUCUAUAGACCAAGCUAUUGCUCAGCUGGAAUUCAGCGACAAAAAAGGAGCAAAGAUCAUGAAAGAGGUCUUGCUUGAAGCCCAGGAGCUGGCUGUAAGAAGUCACCAUGUGGAAUACAAAUCUAACCUCCAUAUAGCUGAGUCGCUAUCUGGUAAAGGAACGUAUCUAAAGAGGAUUCGUUACCAUGGGCGAGGCAGAUUCGGCAUAAUGGACAAAGUGUACUGCCAUUAUUUUGUCAAGUUGGUGGAGGGUCCCCCACCUCCUAAAGAACAACCAAUCACAGGCUUCGAUCAGGCGAAGGACUAUGUUCAACAGCUGAGAAACCGCACCAUCACCAAUUCCCUGUGACACUAUAGACUUUUUCUGGAGCUGCAGUGUCAGCACAUUAUUAACUUGCACUUGA